AUGGGAAUCAUUAUUUUUGCUAUUUCAUAUUACUGGUCUGCUUUUGUUUUAGCAGAUGACAUGCUAAAUCAAUACCAGCAAAUCAAUGGCAGUGGGGGAUUAGUAUCUGCUAGGGGAGAUUUCAAGUUAGGCUUCUUUAAUACAAGCAAUUCCAGGAGCCGAUACUUGGGGAUAUGGUAUAACAAUAUCCCAGUUCAAACCAUUGUUUGGGUGGCGAACAGAGACAGACCGUUUAAUGAUUCAUCGGGGGGUCUAAAGAUUGGGGAUGAUGGAAAUUUGAUCCUUCUUGACAGUGGAGGAACAGUUGCUUGGUCUUCCGGUAUCCAGAACAUAUCGUCAAAACCAACUGUUGCACGACUCCUAGACUCUGGAAAUCUUGUUUUGAGAAGUGAAAAUGGUGGGAGCACAGAAAGUUAUAUCUGGCAAAGCUUUGAUCCUCCUUCAGAUACACUGAUAGCUGGUAUGAAGUUUGGAUGGGACUUGAAGAUUGGUUUGGACCGGUAUUUGACAUCGUGGAAGAGCGCAGAUGAUCCUUCACUCGGAGAUUUCUCUUAUGUGCUCGAUCUUGAUGGUCUUCCACAAACCGUUAUACGUAAAGGGUCCGUUAAGCAGCACCGAAGUGGGAUAUGGAAUGGUCUGCAGUUUAAUGGAGCCGGGCUUAAAAACGCUAUCUUCAACACUAAUUUCAUUGAUAAUUCAGAGGAGGUGUAUUUCGAUUGUUUGGUUGGAUACACUCCUAAAUCAUCGCAAGAUUGGAAAACGGAUGUUUGGGAUGGUGGGUGCGUUUGCAAAUACCCAUUAAACUGCUCGGACGGAGAAGGAUUUGUGGCAUUUGAAAGCGUGAUCGUCCCUGAUUUGUUAGAUUUUUUUAUGAACACCAGUAUGACGCUUAAAGAAUGUGAAUUGGAGUGUAUAAAGAAUUGUUCUUGUACUGCUUACGCUAACUCCGAUAUUGCUGGAGGGGGAAGUGGAUGCUUGCUCUGGUAUGGGGAUCUGAUUGAUAUUAGAAGCUUCCCAAAUCCUGGUGAUCAAACUCUGUAUAUUCAGAUCAGAUUCCAAGGAGAAGAAGAAGAGGCUCGUGUUGGUGAUUAUACCCAUCUCAGUAGCUUUGUUGUUGUUCCUCCUUGCGUCUUGUAUAAUAUGGAAGAGGAUAAAACAAACAAGAGGUAA